GAUAGAUUGUGUUCUAAAUUGAAUCGUACUUUGUUUAUUUCACUAAGUGUUCCUUAUCGCUCAUCUCAAUGGACAACGGGUCUGCCAACGAAUUGAACGACAACGAGUCAUCCCAAAACAACGACCACCAACCUACCUCGGAUACAUCUAGCACCACCGAAGAAAACGUGCAAACCGACAGAAUAUGUUCCUACAAUAAUGCCAAAAAGUAUUGGUCCAACGUCUCACCAACCGUUGACGGCAUGCUCGGCGGUUUCGGAGCCAUCUCAUUCAUAGAUAUACGCGGCUCAGAGCAAUUCCUAAAGCACUUGUACAAACUGAAGCCGGCACCGGGACGCAAGCGAGCGCUGGACUGUGGCGCAGGAAUUGGGCGCAUCACUAAGAACCUGCUCGUGCCUUUGUACGAACAAAUUGACCUCGUCGAACAGGAUGAACAAUUCUGCCAGACUGCCCGAGCCGAACUAGCGGACUGUGGCCCUAAGUUGGGUACGGUAUACAAUUCCGGGCUGCAGGAUUUCAGCCCAGAACAAGGACGCUACGACAUUAUCUGGGUCCAGUGGGUAUUGGGCCAUCUUACGGAUCAGGAUGCAGUGCAGUUUUUCAUCCGCUGCACGAAAGGUCUCGCACGAGGCGGAAUGAUGGUUAUAAAGGAAAAUUUCACCUCUAGCAAUAUAGUGGAUGUCGACCAGCAGGACUCUUCUGUGACACGCCCGUUGGCGGUUAUGAAGCAGUUGAUAAAGGAGGGCAACAUGCGUGUUGUCAAGGAGCAGCGACAAACAAGCUUCCCCAAGGAUCUGUAUCCGGUGUACAUGCUUGCACUAAGGCCUGUAAUAAAGAAUUAAAUGCAUGCGCACAUGCAGCAGCAUUCACCAUGGGUUCCUGUUUGCCAUAUAGUUUGCUUUAUUUUUUCCAGAUAGUAUAUUCUUCAUCUUUUCUACAUUCUCCGUUGGUUGCACCGACUGUAUUCGUGGAGUUGUGCUAAACGUUCAACUAGGGUUACCUAUCCUAUUUUUCCUUUUCCUUCUUCGACCCUCAGACUGUGCAGACUGAAAUCAUGUCCAAUCUUCUACUUGUAUUUGAAUUUUUGUAUUAUUUUAUUUAUUUGAGUGUAAAUUCAUUCAAUGCAGAGCGUUGUGAUUAAUUUUGUUGAUUUCCAAGCAGAGAAAAUUACCGUUACUGAUAAUCUUUCAAAAGCGUUACAAUGGAAGUUAGUUUUAAAUAAUUGAACACUGAAUUCAUAUGGAUUUGCACAUGUUGCAACAAUAUCCUAGGCUGGUGGGUGAAGCACACAAUUAAUUCUACCGAUUAUGAUUUAGUACAAAGGGCUUGUGCAUUGGUAGGAUUAGGAUAGAAUUUUAAUUCUUGAUCUAAAGAUAGGUUUAGUUAUUUCACCUGGAUGAUUUGCUAGAGGGGUACCAAUAGAAAAAAAAACCAGGAUUAUAUACUACAUUCACCAUUACUAAUUUUGCGUCACACUCACUGAUUAUUUUGCAAAUGUAUGAUGGAUGAAUUGCAGAGCUAUAGCUUUAUGCUUCUUUCCAUAAUGCUUUGUGUUAUGCGUUAUAAAUAAUGAAUGAGAGUGUAAAAACCAUGAUGUCCGGUUAUGGCAAUGUAGAAGGUUCGUUUAACAUACGUGAAUGAAAAGUACACUCAUCAACAUGGUCUAAAUUGAUGUGUUGCAAGUGUUUUUGGAACAUUU